AUGGCUGAAGAACCCGUAGACGACACGGUCAUAAAAUUUUUGCGAAUGACACACGAGGAUUUUGAGUGGCUUUUGGACAAAGUAUCUGCUAAGAUACAGCGAGAAAAUACGCGGAUGCGUAAAUCUAUAACUCCAAGGGAGCGAUUAUUAAUCACACUUCGAUUUCUGGCUACCGGUGAAUCGUAUAGCAGCUUGUCUUUUUUGUUUCGUGUGGGUGUUUCAACGAUAAGCAGCAUUGUACCGGAAGUUUGUGAAUGUUUGGUUGAAGUGCUCAAGGAUUGUGUAAAAUUAAGUGAAAUGUUUAACUUCCAAAUUGUAGAAUUCUAUACACCUAAUACACCCGAAGAAUUGCUAAACAUAUCAAAACAGUUCGAAGAUAGAUGGAACUUUCCAAGAGCUAUCGGUGCCUUAGACGGAAAGCACAUCCGAAUAAAGAAACCUGCGCAUUCGGGAAGUGACUACUACAACUACAAGGGGUUUUUCAGCAUAGUGCUUAUGGCAAUUGUAGAUGCCAACUACAAUUCUCACAACUUGGCCUAG